GGGCUGGGAGCCUCCCCGCUGCCGCCGCCGCCCGCCCCGCUCCCCGCCGGCCGGCCGGCCGGAGAUAGUGGUGUGCAUAACUGUUGGAGAGUCCUGCCUUUCACUGCCUGGAUCCUUUUAACAGUGUGCCAAAGAAGGACUCCAUGAAAGAUGACAGAAGAAGUUAUUGUUAUUGCAAAGUGGGAUUACACUGCACAGCAGGACCAAGAACUUGACAUCAAGAAAAAUGAGCGUCUUUGGCUAUUAGAUGAUUCCAAGACAUGGUGGAGGGUAAGAAACGCGGCCAACAAAACGGGAUACGUGCCAUCAAAUUAUGUGGAGCGAAAAAACAGCUUGAAGAAAGGUUCUCUGGUUAAAAAUCUAAAAGACACAUUGGGUUUGGGAAAAACCAAGAGAAAGACGAGCGCAAGAGACGCCUCACCCACUCCUAGCACGGACGCAGAAUACCCGUCCAACGGCAGCAGCGCCGACCGGAUUUACGAUCUUAACAUUCCAGCCUACGUGAAAUUUGCCUAUGUCGCGGAGAGGGAGGAUGAACUGUCCCUCGUUAAAGGAUCCCGAGUGAUUGUCAUGGAGAAGUGCAGCGAUGGCUGGUGGAGAGGUAGCUACAAUGGACAGAUUGGCUGGUUUCCUUCGAACUAUGUAGUAGAGGAGGUUGAGGAGGCAACUGCAGAUUCACCCAGCUUUCUCAGCUUAAGGAAAGGCGCUUCCAUGAGUAACGGCCAGGGCACCAAAGUACUCCACGUUGUUCAGACACUGUAUCCAUUCAGCUCCGUCACAGAAGAAGAGCUCAAUUUUGAAAAAGGGGAAACGAUGGAAGUCAUUGAAAAGCCAGAAAAUGACCCAGAGUGGUGGAAAUGUAAAAAUUCCAGAGGGCAGAUUGGUCUUGUUCCUAAAAACUAUGUAGUAAUCAUUAGCGAUGGUCCUACCAUUAACACUUCCCAUCCACCUCAGAUAAGCUACACAGGACCAUCUUCUACCGGACGGUUUGCUGGAAGAGAGUGGUAUUACGGGAAUGUUACCCGACACCAAGCAGAAUGUGCCCUGAACGAAAGGGGAGUGGAAGGAGACUUCCUUGUUAGAGAUAGUGAAUCUUCGCCCAGUGACUUCUCGGUAUCUCUAAAGGCGUCUGGGAAGAACAAACAUUUCAAGGUGCAGCUCGUGGACAAUGUCUAUUGCAUUGGGCAGCGUCGCUUUAAUACUAUGGAUGAGUUGGUGGAACACUACAAAAAGGCUCCCAUCUUCACCAGUGAACACGGGGAAAAGCUAUAUCUUGUGAAAGCACUUCAGUGACGUUGAAGAUGGACUUGGCCGCCUGGGCCUCUUAUAACUUACAAGCCUUAGGUCCUAAAUUCACUUUUAUAGAGCAGAGCAAUAUCUGAAGCAGGCUUAAGGAAUAGGCUCUUUCUAAAGUGUUUGCUCUGUCGGUUGCUGUUUGUCCUUUUUUUUGUUUGCCUCUUUUUGUGUUCCAGUUCUGUUAAUCUCCGACCACCUCUCUUCAGGUUGGGAGUUUUCCUUGGGUGGCCGUGGCGAGCACUCACCUUCCCGGCUGAGUUCAAAACUCCCCUCUCCUGUGUACGUUUACAUAGUUAGCUCAGAUCAAGGAGGGGCGUUUUCAAUUCAAACCAGUGUUAAUCUGUUCAGAUUGCUCACGCAGGCAGAACUCUCCGUUCAGAGACAUCGGGCACAGUUUGAAUGCACUGAAGCUGCAGCUACUUAAGUGAGAGAGAGUAGACAUAACAGUUGUGGCUGUGAGUUCUGUAGCUAUAUCGCUUACCGAGUAGUAUAUUACAAAAACUCCUAGUUCCUAGAAGCACUCUUUACACUGUACUCUGCUAUUACAUUGCCUCUCUGACUCUUUGUAAAGAGUACACUAAUUAAAAGCAUUUUGUAAUAGUACUUCUUAAACUACUAUGGUAAGAUUGUAGUAAGAGAAAACUAUCUAGUGUAUUUUGGUCUGUAAUUGCAACAAAGAGAAAUUUUAUUUGAAAGUUGAUUACUAGAGAAAGAAUCAUUGAAUUGUAAAGGCUGAAUGUUUUGGUAAUCUACAACCAAAUGUGCCAUCCACAUAAUGCUUUUUCCUCUUGCCCUUCUGCUUGUUUGAAUUAAACGAUUAUGUAUUUAAUUCUCAAAGUAAUAUGUAUCUGUAGCUGAUUGUUGACACUAAUACAGAAGAUAAAUAAAAACUGAUCUUG